AUGUUUGCCCCUAGGCAAAGCUAUAAUAUAGAACGGUUGAAGAAACAGAUUGCAUAUCGGCUUAGACCGGUCCGAAGCUUUAUGUCAACAAAUGACGUGCGGAGAAACUUCAUUAAUUUCUUUGAAAACAAUGAUCAUAUCCACGUACCGUCAUCUUCCGUUAUACCUCCUUUUGAGGAUCGAUCCUUGUUAUUUACGAAUGCUGGCAUGAAUCAGUUUAAAUCAUUACUACUGGGAGGGACGGACAACAGAUGGGCAUCUUUGCGACGUGCUGUCAGCUAUCAGAAAUGCAUUCGAGCAGGCGGGAAGCAUAAUGACUUGGAGGAUGUUGGUAGAGAUCUACACCACCAAACGUUUUUCGAAAUGCUUGGAAAUUGGUCUUUCAAUAGUUCGUAUACGGAGGAAGACGCCUGCAAGCUGGCGUGGUUCUUUCUCACCGAAGUACUUUCAAUUGAACCAGAUCGUAUCUACGUUUCUUAUUUUGGAGGAUCGACGAAGUUGGGCAUACCUGCGGAUGAAAACUGCAAACAUAUAUGGCUGAAAAUUGGGGUUCCUCAGUCUCACAUCCGUCCCUUUGUCAAUGAAAACUUCUGGGAGAUGGGUUCUACUGGCCCUUGUGGGCCAUCUACGGAGAUCCAUUUUGAUCGCAUAAAUGGCCGCAAAGAUGCCGCACAUUUAGUGAAUAUUGACGAUUCCGUUGUGGAGCUUUGGAAUAUUGUAUUUAUUUCCUUAGUGAGAACACCAAAUGGCGAUUUGCACUCUCUGCCGAGCCACCAUAUAGACACUGGAAUGGGUCUUGAGCGUUUAGCAGCAGUUGUGCAAGGUGUUCCAUCAAAUUUCGAUAUAGACGCAUUUACACCCAUUAUGAAACAUAUAUCGAUGAUUUCUAAACUGGGACCAUAUCAAGGACGUGUUGGUAAAGAAGACGUAGAUGGUCGUGAUGCAUCGUAUCGUAUCCUUGCGGAUCACAUGCGGGCUGUUGUUGUUGCACUUGCGGACGGUGUUGAGCCGAGCGCAUUGGAUGCAGGGUUUAUUAUACGGAAGAUGUUACGAAGAUCAUUUUGGCAUGCAUCGGCGCACUUAGGAAUUGAACGUUUCGCCUGCUCUGAGUUGGUUCCUGUUGUUAUAGAAACACUUAGACAAGCGUAUCCAGAUCUCGAUACCGCAGCAGAACGAAUACAGAAAUGCGUAGCAGACGAAGAAAAUCAUUACUGGAAAGUUGUUGACAUGGGACAAACCCUAUUUCAGCAAAUGCGGUUGAAGAUGCCUGAAGGAGCUACAGUUUUUCCAGGCGAAAAUGCAUUUAUCCUCCACGAUACACAUGGUAUUCCUGUUGAAAUAACUGAAGAUCUAAGCAAGAAGCAUGGUUUAACAGUUGACAAAGAGAAGUUUUUGGAACUCAAAGAGGAAGCCAAGAUCCUGUCAAAGAGCAAGAGCGAGUUUUCAUUAUCGUCUUCUUCUCUAGAUACUACUGGUUUAAAGGAUCACUCAGAUAAAGCUAAAUACAGCUACCAGCUUGACAAAAAUGGAUCGUAUAUUUUCCCCACCAUCAAUACAAAAAUACUAGCAGUUUUUGGUGAUAGCGAACGUGUUAAUUCGAUAAGUUCUUCUGGUUCCUUAGUUCUUGAAGAAUGUCAAUUCUUUGCUGAGGAAGGCGGACAGAAGUGUGACAAAGGUGUUUUGGAAGUAAACGAGGUUCCCGUGUUUGAAGUAUCAGCUGUUGAAAAGAUUGGUGAUUUGAGUGUUUUACAUGGCGAAGUCAUUGGCAACAACAACCUGGCUGAAGGUUCACGAGUCAGGCAGAGGAUUCACGUGGAUCGUCGUCUAGCUUUAAUGCGCGCACAUACGGCGACUCAUUUGGUCAACUGGGCUCUAAAACGUUUGGGGGCAGGAAGAGGACAACGCGGAUCUUCAAUUGAGGAGGAUUCGCUAAGAUUUGAUUAUGCUACUGACGACUGUGCUGGCGAAGAUGACAUAGUGGAAAAUGUUGAUUCUCUCAUACAUUCUGUGAUAUCGCAAGAAAAACAUGUGGUCAUGGAGGAACUACCUCUUAAAAGAGCGCUUGAGAUUCCUCAGCUACAGUCUGAAUUCAAGCAGGGAAAGGAGUAUCCAGAGGUAGUUCGGGUUGUAUGUGUUGGUGAUAGUUUAGAUGAUGCAGUUGCUGUGGAGUGUUGCUCUGGAACCCAUGUUCUCAACACAUCCUCACUUAUUGACUUCGCUGUAAUUAGCGAUCGAUCGUCUGCAAGAGGGGUUCGGAGGAUUCUGGCCCUCACCGGAGAAAAAGCGAGGCAAUGUUGGAGUUACGGUAAACAGGUUCUAGUACGCCUUGAGUCUCUAAGAGAUCUGCCAAAUGGAAUGGAGAACAGUGACAUACAUAAAGAGGAGAUUCAAUGGACUCGUAUGCCAUACCAGUACAACGUUCGUGCUCGAAAACUACUCAAAUUAAUUAAGAAAAAGCGGAAACUUAAAAAUGACACGCUAUUAGUGGCGGAAGAUUAG